GCAUCGCGAGAUCCAUCCGAUCCGGCAAAAUCGCUUUGCCCACCGGUGUCGGGAAAAUAGUCCGGUCCCCCGUUAUGGAAGAGAUCGGCCUCUAAGACUAACCUGCCCGGGGCUGUAUUCGGCUGGUUCAGGUAGUGCAGUGGUGGUGUAGAGUCUAGGUAUUUGACAAGAAAAAGUGACGACUUGACGGGUUGUUCCCUGGAAAUGCUCCGCACUUGGCGGUACGCGGUGCUAUUCCUUCUCUCACCUAGCCUCAGUGAUGUUGUAUGUCCACACUACAUACCUAAACAUAGUAGUGUAAACACACCGAAUAGACUAUACUACACUGCACUGGGUACACUAUCUAUGUCCAGGGUACCGGUACCACGCUCUCCUGUCGUCCGUGCCCAGCAUAUCAUCGAUCCAUCACGGUUCCUCUGGGAUAUCCCCAGCUCCUCGUUGGUAUUGCCGUAUACUAGUACUCCGACAUCAAAGUACUCUACACUUGGUCUAGACUCCUUGAUUGCUUGCCUUGACGGCGUGCUGUUAGUGGAUGUGGAGGUAGUACGCUACACGGCUCUUCCAUAUUACAUUGUCGCCACGAUGCGGCGAGGUGGCGAGGCAAGAUAGCCUAUUGUAGUAUGAGUACUACAGAAGAUCACGAUCCUUGAUUGUGGCCCACGUCACUUUCGAUCUCUUCUGUUAUUAGGUGCCAUCGUAUUUUUGAGUCUAGAUUGUUGUAGUAGCCAUACACUUUACGCUGCGGACAGGGAUAUACUCACCUUGACACCUAUAUGUAAGUUUAUGCAUGAUCUA